AAAGGGCAAAAGCUGAAUUGCCUUUGAGACUGGCGCAUUCGUCCCUCUUGUCAGCACAUGCAUUCCACUUUCCACUACAAAUUCGACUUUGGGACCCCAAAUUUUGCCUCACCUACAAGAAAGGCAUUAGCCCACCUUCCAUAUAUUUCACACCCCUUCUUUCUAUUCUUUCCAUGACCAACAUCACAAUCCUACUCCCAUGUCCAAAUCCCAAUUCUAUACUUACCUACCUAGCAACCUACAUACACACCUCACUAAACUUCACAUAAACCAUAUACAUCACUCUCUCUGCAAACCCUAAAAAAACCAGCCUAAACCCUUCAUAGAUUCAUGUGCUUGUAUAUCUUCCUCCAAUGAUCUUAACAAUAGCCAUGAAGCUAAAAUCUCUAGCAAACCUUCCUUGAGCUCUCACCCUAAUCUUUUUUGAGCUUCUCUUUGCCCCUAUAUAUCUUUUUGGCAGGCUAGCUGAGUUGGAAAAAAAAAUGAGAGCAGGAGGUUGCACGGUGCAACAAGCUCUAACUGCGGAGGCGGCAACCGUCGUGAAACAAGCCGUGACUCUGGCGAGACGGCGAGGCCAUGCCCAAGUGACCCCGCUCCAUGUAGCUAGCACCAUGCUUGCUGCCCCUACUGGCUUACUGAGAACAGCUUGCCUUCAAUCCCACUCUCACCCCCUCCAGUGCAAAGCCCUCGAGCUUUGCUUCAACGUUGCCCUUAAUCGUCUCCCUGCUUCCACAUCAAGCCCCAUGUUAGGUACUCACUCCCAACAGUAUCCUUCAAUCUCUAAUGCCUUGGUUGCUGCCUUUAAGCGCGCUCAGGCUCACCAACGACGUGGCUCUAUUGAGAACCAGCAGCAACCUCUCCUAGCUGUGAAAAUAGAGCUAGAACAGCUCAUAAUAUCCAUUUUAGAUGAUCCUAGUGUUAGUAGGGUCAUGAGAGAAGCUGGUUUCUCUAGUACCCAAGUGAAAAGCAAUGUUGAGCAAGCUGUUUCUUUAGAAAUUUGUUCUCAAAGUGCUCCUUCUGUAACUAGUAAGUCCAAGGAAAGCAACCUUACCCUUUCCCAAUCUCCUCCCUUGAGUCAAGUAGGAGCAAAAGCAAGCAAACCAAUAACAUCUUUAGAUCCAAUUAGGAAUGAGGAUGUGAUGAGUGUUAUAGAUAAUUUAAUGAACAAAAGAAAGAGAAGUAUUGUGAUUGUAGGAGAGUGUCUUGGUAGCAUAGAGGGUGUGGUUAAAGGAGUGAUAGACAAGGUUAUUAAAGGAGAUGUUCCUGAGGCUUUAAGGGAAGUGAAGUUUAUACCAUUUCCAAUAACAUCUUUAUCUAAUCUCUCCAGGAUAGAGGUAAAACAGAAGCUUGAAGAUCUUAAAGGUCUGGUGAGAAGCAACAUGAGCAAAGGAGUUGUGUUGAAUUUGGGAGAUCUCAAGUGGGUUGGUGAGUACAGGACUUGCAGCACAAGUGAACAAGGGUGGAGUAGCUAUUUGUGUCCAAUGGAGCAAAUGAUCAUGGAGCUUGGGAAAUUGGUUUUUGGAAUUGGAGAUCAAAAUAAUGGGAAAUUUUGGCUCAUGGGGAUUGCCACUUUCCAAACAUACAUGAAGUGCAAAUCAGGCCAUCCAUCACUUGAGUCUAUUUGGGGUCUCCAUCCUAUUACAAUUCCUGCUGGCAGCUUACGCUUAAGUCUCAUCACCGACAGCUAUGAUCUACAAAGUCAGACCACAAGCAAUAAAGCAUAUCAAAAUGGGUCUAGCUGCUGGAUUAUACUCGAAGGUGAUGAAGAGAAACAACUCACUUGCUGUGCUGAUUGUGCAGCCAAGUUUGAGACCGAGGCUCGAAGCUUACAGGCUAGUACUUGUAAUAGUGAGUUCACAAGUUCUAGCCUUCCUGCAUGGCUUCAACAAUACAAAAAUGAGAGCAAAGGACUUAACAAUAGUAAUGAUCAGGAGUCUAUCCCAAUCAAAGAUCUUUGCGAAAAGUGGAACUCAAUCUGCAGUUCAAUCCACCACCAACCUUAUUCUUCUGAGAAAACCAUUACAUUUUCUUCCGUAUCACCUUCUUCUUCUACUUCUGGUUUCUCAUAUGACCAAUACCCUAAUUUGCACCUAAUCCAUCAUGACUGGCCAAUGAUUGAACCCAAGCAAUCAUGGAGGGACUACAAUUUGUGGGUCGGUUCAGAAACUGUCAACAAGGGAAAUGCUGCCAUCGAACCCAGCCUGAGAAUGUACAUUCCAGAGCAUAGAGAUCAUCCCAAACCUUCAUUUUCAUCGAAUCCAAAUUCUACUCCUAACUCCACUUCUUCCAGUGAUGUAAUGGAAGUGGAAUAUCCCCACAAGUUCAAGGAGCUGAAUGCUGAGAACUUGAAAACUUUAUGCAAUGCAAUGGAGAAAAAGGUGCCAUGGCAGAAAGAUAUAAUCCCUGAAAUCGCGAGCACGAUCUUGAAAUGCAGGUCAGGCAUGGUAAGAAGAAAAGGGAAGGUGCGAAACAGUGAGGCCAAAGAAGAAACUUGGUUAUUCUUUCAAGGAGUUGAUAUGGAAGCUAAAGAGAAGAUAGCCAAAGAAUUGGCUAGGCUAGUCUUUGGCUCGCAGAACAAUUUCAUUUCCACUGCCUUAAGCAGUUUUUCAUCCACAAGAGCAGACUCAACCGAAGACUGCAGAAACAAGAGAUCAAGAGAUGAACAAAGUUGCAGCUAUAUCGAAAGAUUUGCUGAGGCUUUGUCAAGCAACCCACAUCGGGUUUUCUUUGUGGAAGAUGUUGAGCAAGCAGAUUAUUGCUCGCAAAUGGGUUUCAAAAGAGCGAUUGAAAGAGGAAGAAUAACCAACGCCAAUGGUGAAGAAGUUAGUCUUAGUGAUGCUAUUAUUAUUUUGAGCUGUGAAAGCUUUAGCUCAAGAUCAAGAGCCUGCUCUCCUCCCAUCAAGCAAAAAACAGAUAAUUCCCAGGAGCAAGAGCAAGGUCCAAGCAGUGCCACAAUGGAGGAGACAAGCCCUUGUGUCUCGCUGGAUUUGAAUAUCUGCAUUAAUGAUGAUAGUGCGGAGGAUCAAUCAAUCGAUAACAUUGGCCUUCUUGAAUCUGUCGAUAGUCGGAUCAUUUUCAAAAUCCAAGAAUUAUAAAUUCUAAUACUAGAUAGUGGAAAACUCGGUGAAUAUUCAUGUCAUUAGAUUUAGAGGUUGUUUUGAUCUUUUUUUUUUUUCCUUUUAAAAUGUUGUUUAAUUAGUUUUUAGAUUCUGAUAUAUAGGAUUCCUAGGGCUAGGGAUGAAGAAACAAGAUGCUUUCUUUAUGUAAAAUCACGUUUUAAUUAUCGUCCAUUAUCUUCAUGCAUGAAAUUCCUUCGUUUGUUUUUUCA